UCGUCCUGGUGCAGCUGCUUCCGGGCUCCGCGGCUCCCGGCGGCUCCCCGAGGCCGCGGUCCCCGCGCACAGCGCCCGGACGCGUGGGUCCCGAAGUAGGCCCGAGCUUUGCUUCGCGACCGGGGAUCUCCGAGGACAUCUUAGUUCUGACCUUGCGGAGGCCGCGUCUCCGCUGCGUGUUCGCGGGCCAGUCGGGCCACUUUCUAGAAAUCAUAGCCCUCUAAAUCAAGGGACGAACGCUGCUGGCUGGAGUUUGCUGGACACUUUCAUUCCACCUCCUAACAAAGAGAAUUCCUAUUCCUCGAGGUCCCUUGGGGCAGCAGUUAAAGACUACACGAUCCAGGAGCACCUAGGACCUGGGGCCACCUUCCUGCCUGCUUUAUUGGAUGGAGCACUGCCUCCCCAGUUUCUGGGACACCUUGGGGUGUGGUCUUGAACUGAAGAGGAAGCAAACCACUUGCCACACUUGAGGCUGCAUGACCAUUCAGAGAAGGGAGGAGCCACUUCUGAAUUCAGAGUGGGACUGCAUCACCAGGCAAAUACCUGUUCUGAGCCAGAAAGACUGACUUCUGAGGCGAUCCUGAGAGUCUGAGUAGUGCCAGGAAGCAGCCUCAGAAUUUGGGGGCCCAUUAGCCACCCCAGCCAUGUUCCUGCGACGGCUUGGUGGCUGGCUACCUCGCUCUUGGGGCCGCCGGAAACCAAUGAGGCCUGACCCGCCUGACCCAGAACCCAGAUGGGUGGACAGCUCCUCAGAGAAUUCAGGAAGUGACUGGGAUAGUGCCCCAGAAACCAUGGAAGAUGUGGGGCAUCCCAAGACCAAGGACUCGGGGGCAUUGAGGGUUUCUAGGGCUGCUUCCGAACCAAGCAAGAAGCCCCAAGUUGAGCAGCUAAGGAGGAAAAGAAUGGAUUCCCUCAAGUGGGACCAGCCUAUCUCUAGCACUCAAGAGUCUGGGAGACUGGAGGCUGGAGGGGCCAGUCCCAAACUCGGAUGGGAUCAUGUGGAUUCAGGUGGCACCAGGAGACCAGAGGUGUCCCCUGAAGGGGGACUGAGCAUCCCUGGGCCAGGAGCCCCAUUGGAGAAAACUGGUAGGCGUGAGAAGCUGUUGGGCUGGCUGCGGGGGGAACCAGGAACUCCCUCCCGGUACUUGGGGGGCCCAGAGGAGUGUCUGCAGAUCUCCACCAACCUGACCCUGCAUCUGCUGGAGCUGCUGGCCUCUGCCCUGCUGGCCCUGUGCUCACGACCACUGCGGGCAGCCUUGGACACACUGGGCCUGCGUGGACCGCUGGGCCUCUGGUUACAUGGCCUACUGUCCUUCCUGGCUGCCCUGCAUGGGCUCCAUGCUGUUCUGAGCCUACUUACUGCCCACCCUUUGCACUUUGCCUGCCUCUUUGGUCUCCUGCAGGCCUUGGUGCUGGCUGUCAGCCUCCGGGAGCCCAGUGGGGAUGAGGAGGCCACUGACUGGGAGAGUGAGGGGUUGGAGAGGGAGGGUGAGGAGCAGAGGGGAGACCCGGGAAAGGGGCUGUGACCAUGGGGUGGGGUGGGGGCAAAGGGUGAAGAGAGUGUGGGCUUUAGGAGAAAAGUGUGAGGCAUGACCCAAAUUGUAAGCAUAGGGACCUCAGGGAUGGGGAAGAAACCCCAGAGUAUGAGGGUGCAGGGCCCCCCUUCAUACACAGGAGAGAACAGAGCUAUUUAGGGUGUUUGUGUUUAUGGACAGUGAGGGCACUGCCCUUGGAUUCACCAGCUGUUAUUUUUGCUUUUACUUUUCUCCCACCUUCAGUUUUUUGUUUUUUUUUUCCACUUCCACUUUUUAGAAGCCAAAAAAAAAAAAAAAAAAAAGUGUGGUGGUGGAGAACAAAGACCAAAGGGUCCUCUCUACCUUUCAAAACUCUCCUGGGGUGGAGGAGACCAGGGCAGGAUAGACAGACCUCUGCAGUAAGAGAGUGGUUGAGAAACCCAGGAUGUUCCUUGGAUCUCAGGAUCUGAGCCAUCGAGGGAAGAGUGGGGCUGCUAGGCAAGUGGAUUAGGGGGUCUGGAUAGGGCCCCACAGGUGACAGGGAGCCUGCAGGGCGGAUCUGGUGAUCAUGGGAGCCAGAGGGAGUGGUGACAGUGCAGGCAGUAUUGGCAGGAGGGCCAGUGCAGAAGGGCUGGUAGCUCAGGCAGCGUGGGGGAAGCACUGAAGCCUGUAGUCCCCACUUGGGGGCUAAGGGUUUGCUCACUCAGCAAUAAAUAAUUGUGUCACAUCAAAUCCUAAAUAUACCACUACAAAGUGAGA